GGGUGUGUUUCCAGAUAUAGUUUUUGUAUUAAAAAAAAAAAGAUUGUUUAGUAAUAUUUUUAGUGAAUUUACCUAUAAUGGGUUAGUUAUUUUUGUAGUUUUUGUAUUUUUUAAUUUUGGAUUGUGUAACAAUAAAUAAUAAUCAACUAGUUAUUUUUUUUUAAAAAAAAAAAAAAAAGCAAAUUAUUUAAUUGGUUAAAUUCAAUAUUCGGAGUUUCAUCUUCUUCUUCAUACUCUACGAGAAAAAUAAGCUUAUUCUUCAGCUCUGCAAAAUUCUUCCGUUUCAACUCUCGAGGAGUUUCUCCUUUUUCUCCGGCCUAAUCAUUCUCUCCAUCAACCUCUCAGUUGAGGCUUGAGUUCAAGCGAAGCGCAAUGGGCUGUGCUGGAUCGUCGCUGACCAAAGCAGACGGAUCCAUAAAGAAAAUACGGAAGCCAAAAUCUUGGAAGCAUCCUCAGCCAAUUACAAGGUCUCACCUCACACAACUACGGGAUGAAUUCUGGGACACUGCACCUCACUAUGGUGGCCGGAAAGAGAUUUGGGACGCACUACGAGCAGCUGCCGAAGCCGAGCUUUCUCUUGCGCAAGUAAUUGUUGACAGUGCAGGGGUCAUCGUUCAAAAUGCAGAUUUGACAAUCUGUUACGAUGAGAGAGGCGCAAAAUAUGAACUCCCCAACUAUGUUUUGAGUGAGCCGACCAACUUAAUUCGUGACAGUUAAAAGAGAGAUGAUCGAUUUAAUGCAUUCAUUUCUUUCACUUGGGCUUCUUUAACUUCCUGUAAGUUGCUUUUCACUAAAUGGGCAAAAUGCAACGUCAACCAUUAUCUCAUUUCUUUCUUGUACAAAAAAGAUGAAAAAAAAAAACUGAAAAUGGUGGGGGGAAAACCCUUUUGCCAGUUUAGCAGUGUCAUAAAUUACUUGAUCACUUGUGAUGAAAUUAAAGUUUGAAACCACAGUGAUUGAACGUCGUAUAGAGGGGGGAAAAAGCUCAAUAUUGUGGAA